GUGAUUUUCACCUCCAGCUUGACGUCAGUGGCACAGUCAGGGAGAGAUCCCGCUGCUGCCACCUCAACAUGGAGUAAAGACACCCCAGCGUUCACUGCUAACCAGCGGAUCCCACGGAGAGGAAUACGCGACGGCCUCUGCUUAAUUUAUCCACCGAGGGUCUCCGCAAAUGAUACAGCGGCGAGCAUUUUUUGACGGCGCAAAGAAAAGCUCUGCUUUUAUUUGAAAGAUGGCGAACGACUCUCCGGCUAAAAGUCUAGUAGACAUAGACUUGGCUUCAUUGCGGGAUCCAGCUGGGAUAUUUGAAUUGGUGGAGGUAGUUGGAAAUGGCACCUAUGGACAAGUAUACAAGGGACGACAUGUCAAGACCGGACAGCUGGCUGCCAUCAAGGUCAUGGACGUCACAGAGGAUGAAGAGGAGGAAAUUAAACUGGAGAUCAAUAUGCUGAAGAAGUAUUCCCACCACAGAAACAUAGCCACCUACUAUGGUGCUUUCAUUAAAAAGAGCCCCCCGGGACACGAUGACCAGCUAUGGUUGGUGAUGGAGUUUUGUGGAGCUGGUUCGAUCACCGACCUGGUAAAGAACACCAAAGGGAACCAGCUGAAGGAAGACUGGAUCGCAUACAUCUCCAGAGAGAUCCUCAGAGGUCUGGCCCACUUGCAUGCCCACCAUGUUAUCCACCGUGACAUCAAGGGGCAGAACGUCCUGUUGACUGAGAAUGCUGAAGUCAAACUAGUGGACUUUGGCGUGAGUGCCCAGCUGGAUCGGACAGUGGGGAGGAGAAACACCUUCAUCGGGACUCCCUAUUGGAUGGCCCCUGAGGUCAUCGCUUGUGACGAGAACCCAGAUGCUACAUAUGAUUACAGGAGUGAUCUGUGGUCUUGUGGUAUCACAGCUAUUGAAAUGGCUGAAGGAGCACCACCACUUUGUGACAUGCACCCCAUGCGUGCACUCUUCCUUAUUCCAAGAAACCCUCCUCCUAGGCUCAAAUCAAAAAAAUGGUCCAAAAAGUUUUUCAGUUUCAUCGAGGGCUGUCUGGUGAAGAACUACACGCAGCGCCCCCCAACAGAGCAGCUGCUGAAGCACCCCUUCAUCCGAGACCAGCCCAACGAGAGGCAAGUCCGCAUCCAGCUCAAAGACCACAUCGACCGUACCAAGAAGAAGAGGGGAGAGAAGGAUGAGACUGAGUACGAGUACAGUGGCAGCGAGGAGGAGGAAGAGGAUCCCCCGGAGCAGGAGGGAGAACCCAGCUCCAUUGUCAAUGUGCCAGGUGAGUCAACUCUGCGCCGUGACUUCAUCCGCCUGCAGCAGGAGAACAAGGAACGGUCAGAGGCGCUCCGCCGCCAGCAGCUCCUCCAGGAGCAGCAGCUGCGAGAGCAGGAGGAGUACAAGCGCCAACUACUGGCUGAGAGGCAGAAACGCAUUGAGCAGCAGAAGGAGCAGAGGAGGCGGCUGGAAGAGCAACAGAGACGUGAACGGGAGAUGAGGAGGCAACAGGAGCGUGAGCAACGUCGCCGGGAGCAAGAGGAGAAGAGGCGCAUCGAAGAGAUGGAUCGCAGACGUAAAGAGGAGGAGGAACGCCGGCGGGCCGAGGAUGAGAAGAGAAGGAACGAUCGUGAACAGGAGUACAUCAGACGUCAGCUGGAGGAGGAGCAGAGACACCUGGAGAUGCUGCAGGAGCAGCUGCUCCGUGAACAGGCCAUGUUGCUGGAGUUCAAGUGGCGGGAGCUCGAGGAGCAACGCAAGGCCGAGCGACUCCAUAAGCGGCUGCAGCAGGAGCAGGCUUACCUGCUGUCGCUCCAGCACGAUACCAAACAGCAGCCUGGCGACAAGACCAAACUCCUCUCAGACCAUAGCAAACCUCCACAGACCUCCACCCUGCCCCCUGACAGAGUCCUCACCACAACCCCACAAGCUCAGGUCCUUGACAGUGCUGUCUCUGUAGCGAGAGGUGCUCACGAGUCCCCCAGAGGCCUUCAGACAAUCCCCUCUGACAGCACGAAAUCCCAGGCAGCGGUGCCAGAGAAGACUGACUCUGAUGAGACCUGCACCAGCCAGCUCUCAGACUCCCCCAGUCCCAGCCCCCCUCAGACCGAAACCCCUACUGACUCUAAACCUCCCCAGGCAGAACAUUUGGAGCCCGAUAGGCCCGCCGAGCCUGUCAGUCAUCCUCCUCAGCCUAUCAGAGAGGCCGACGAGCGGUACCGUAAGAACAUUCAGGGCUCCCCUCAGACUGCCCCUCCUCCCAAGCAGCCCCCUUUGCCUCCCCGCUCCUCUGAACCGUUCUCCAAUGGCGGCUCCUCCGAGGCCUCCGCCAUGCACCGACCCAUGGAGCCUCAGGUCCAGUGGUCCCACCUGGCCGCUCUAAAGAGCAGCAACAGCGCCGCCCCCUCUCCUCCUCCUCCGCCCGUGGUCUCUCGCUCCCAGUCCUUCAGCGAGCCCGGCGGCGUGACCUCUAGCUUUGCACAACUCCACCUGCGUUCCCAGGACCCCCACCAUCACCACCACCAUCACCACCCAUCGCCCGCACGCACUGACCCCCAGCCCCAACCUCCCCUCCACCACCCUCAGGCUCAGCCUCGGGCCGAACACCAGGCCAGCAGCGAGGAAGUGCCUCCAAAGGUACCAGUGAGGACUACAUCCAGGUCUCCGGUACUGUCGCGCCGAGAGUCCCCUCUGCCAUCACAGCCUGGCAACCAGGGCGGACAGAGGAAUGCUGGCGGUAACGUGGAGCAGCGCCCGCUGUGGGACCGAGUGGAAAAGCUGCAGCCUCGGCCAGGCAGCGGCAGCUCCUCCGGCUCUUCCAACUCCAGCUCCCAGGCCAGUUCUGGGGACCGCUUCAGGCCACGCUGUGAGUCCCCUGCUUCCUCCAAAUCUGAAGGAUCACCUCUCCAGCGGCCUGAAAACGUUCCCAAAAAACAAGAUGAAAAGAACCUCGCCAGGCCUACUCGACCGGCUGACCUGACAGCUCUGGCCAAGGAGCUUCGCGCAGUAGACGACGUGCGGCCUCCCCACAAGGUGACCGACUACUCCUCCUCGAGCGAGGAUUCGGGCACCACUGACGAGGACGACGACGAGGAGGUGGACCAGGAGGCUGGAGAGGAGUCCACCUCAGGAGCUGAGGACUCCAGGGCUGGGCGGCUGAGUAACGGGGAGACAGAGUCCGCUAAAACCAUGCUGGUUGAAGACUCAGAGAGCGACCAAGCCACUACGCCCUCCAAGGAUGGCACUCUGGUCAUCAGACAGAGCACCGUUGACAUAAAGCGGUUGGUCAAUCUCUCUUCCCCGGCUGGCCCCGGUCAUGGCCAAGGCCAGCCCCAACCCCCCGGCCACAGCCUCCAAGAGAAAAAUGGCUUUGCCGGCCGCAUACACCACCUACCAGACCUUAUCCAGCAGAGCCACCACUCCCCUUCCUCUUCUUCAACCAUCCCUUCCUCCUCCUCCUCCUCCUCUUCCUCCUUCCCCUCAUCAUCUAGCCAUGCCAGUCCUGCCAUGUCCCCACAGAAUUCCCUGGACAAGCUCACUGCCAUAGAGACCCAGUCAGAAAGCAACUCCAUGUCCAAACACAAGUCUUCCUCUUCCUUCACUCCCUUCAUCGACCCACGCCUUCUCCAGAUCUCUCCAUCCAGCGGCAGCUCCCUCAACAACAUGGCAGGAUUUGGGCAGGACGGACGGCUGGCGGACCCGCUGAGGUCUGACCCAUCCCGUAAAGGUUCAGUUGUCAACGUCAACCCAGUCAACACACGCCCGCCGAGCGACACGCCAGAGAUUCGCAAGUACAAGAAGAGGUUCAACUCUGAGAUCCUGUGUGCUGCACUCUGGGGAGUGAACCUGCUGGUGGGGACAGAGAGUGGUCUUAUGCUGCUGGACCGGAGCGGUCAGGGGAAGGUCUACCCCCUGAUCAACAGGCGACGCAUCCAGCAGAUGGACGUCCUGGAGGGACUCAAUGUCCUGGUCACCAUAUCAGGCAAGAAAAACAAGCUGCGGGUGUAUUACCUAUCGUGGCUCAGAAACAAGAUUUUGCACAACGACCCUGAGGUUGAGAAGAAGCAGGGUUGGGUCAAUGUUGGUGACCUGGAGGGCUGCGUCCACUACAAAGUCGUGAAAUAUGAGAGGAUCAAGUUCUUGGUGCUGGCCUUGAAGAACGCUGUGGAGGUGUACGCCUGGGCACCUAAACCCUACCACAAAUUCAUGGCCUUUAAGUCUUUUGGUGACCUGGUGCACAGGCCUCUGCUGGUUGACCUGACUGUGGAGGAAGGUCAGAGGUUAAAGGUCAUCUACGGCUCCUGCUCAGGCUUCCAUGCUGUGGAUGUGGACUCCGGUGCCGUCUACGACAUCUACCUGCCCACACAUAUCCAGACCAGCAUUCAGUGCCACGCCAUCAUCAUCUUACCCAACACUGACGGCAUAGAGUUGCUGGUGUGUUACGAAGACGAGGGCGUCUACGUCAACACCUAUGGACGCAUCACCAAGGAUGUGGUGCUGCAGUGGGGAGAAAUGCCAACUUCAGUGGCCUACAUUAGGUCGAACCAGAUCAUGGGCUGGGGUGAAAAGGCCAUAGAGAUCCGCUCAGUGGAGACGGGUCACCUGGACGGUGUCUUCAUGCAUAAGAGAGCCCAGAGACUCAAGUUCCUCUGUGAGAGGAAUGACAAGGUUUUCUUCGCCUCUGUGCGCCCCGGAGGCGCCAGCCAGGUGUACUUCAUGACCCUGGGACGCACUUCCCUUAUGAGCUGGUAGUCGACAUCCCGCCACACCAGCCGACAUACGACGACCAUACCUAAGCAGUGACCAACAGAUGACGAUUGUGACUAUGACCAACGACUACGAAGAAGAAGAGAACAGCCUUGAGAACAGCUUCCUCUCACCCUGCUCGGGCAAGAAAACAACCGAUUAGGACUGUAAUCAUGAAAAGAAGCGUUAGGCGAGGGACGGGUGUGUGUUUCGGGGGGUGGGGCGGGGAGGUGCGUUCUGUUUGCGUGCAUUGUCACAAGUCCACUGAGUGUACUAGUAAACUAUAUUAAGACAACAGAAACCCCCCCUUCCCACGAGCCUCCAGGUUUUUCUCACCCCGACCCCGCCACCCGAACUUUGAGCCGAUCCCCCCUCUCCUCCUCCCUCCUCCUCCUCCUCCUCCUCCUCCUCCUCCUCCUCCUCUUCCUCUGCGGGACGUGGGAUCUGUCGCCUGUUGAUGGUAAAUCUUUUAUGUGUCAUAGUAAAACUUUGCAUCGUGUAUGUGUGUGAGUGGAGGGCAACGCAAGAAACACUGAGCAUGUGAAUGACUGACCAAGUGUGUUUGUCUGAAGGGACGAUAAGAGGCUAAACACAGUCGUUGCUGUACUGAAAGAAGGCGAUUACUGUAUGUGCCACACCUUUUGUCGCUGUGUUUAGUCCAGGUCCUGUUCAGGUAGAUUUAACUCUUAUUCCCACCACGGUAGAUUUACGUCAGGCACGUCAUUUAACACUAGUUCAAAUGUCACAGCCACACGUUUCCUCCCAUAAAUAAUGCUUGACAUGAAAAUCUGCCUCUUCACUUUUUUUUGCCUUCUUCUCCUUUAAAGUGAAGACGACUCUUUAAGGGACCUUCUUGAUAUAUCCAUUAAAUACAGGGUACUGGAUAUCAGCUUGUACAUACUAACUACAUUCAACCAUGUGGGCUUCAGACUCUCCCAGACUCAACUUUUACCACAUUGCCUCACGUCAAUGAGGUUGGACAGCCCUGUUUAUGACAGCAUGUUGGUGUUAUCAACAAAAUUAGCCCGUUUUUUUUUUCACACACUGUAUAUUUUGUAUGUGACUCGCUGCACAUAAAUAAAGCAUAAGAGAGCAGGAAGCACCCAUAGAGGGAGAUUACUCAGAUACUCCUACUGUUAUUUAUCAGCAGUGCUUUCCAGACGUUUGUGAUGAAGUGUUGCAUUUUUGCCUCUCUGGUCAAUCGUCUUUUUUCUUAAUCCGUUAGUGGUUAUAAAAAGGAUUCUGUUGUUCUACUGGAAAUAUAAAAACACACCACCAAACCGACAAAUGGACCCAGAAAUGUGAGGUGCAUUACAGAUAGCUGUUUUUUUUUCUCUCUCUCUCUCUUCUUUCUUCAGGUGGAUUUUUCCUUUAACGUCAGUCAUAAGUAGGGCUAGGAUAAACUGUGAAUUAGACAUGCAGAAUUAGCAGGUGGCCGUUAUGGUAGCAUGGAGGCCAGUGGGCAGAAGUGACAGUAAGGGAACGAAGGCAGCAUGCGUAGAAGCUUUGAACAUCACACUCUCCGCAGAAAGGAGGAAACCGGGAUCAGCUGAUGAUCCUCCUGCACACUUUGAAGCCACAUUUCACACCUAUGAUCCAACUCUGUAUUCUGAAGGAGACUUUAGCUAAACGUUUGGGUCGCCAGCAGAAUACAACUGCUCAAAAUCCUCUGUAGGUUUUUGACAAGUUAAAAGUGAAGAAGUUUGGAUUUUUGCGUACUGUAGGGACACUUUAGUCUGAACCAGCCAUGUGAUUCAAUAUUGGACCUCUUUUUGCCAUUUCAAGCUUCAAACAGGCAGUUAGUUUUACUCAGUUCUGUCUGUAUUGAAGACACAAAUACACUACUCUAACUGGACGGUGACUCCAUCCUAGAAUUGUAUUUUAUUUCUUCAUUUUUCAUCCUCUGAAACCCGAACGACAAGGCUGCACUUCACUUCAUGUUAAGACAGUCUCAUUCCACUGUUAAAUGUAGAAUCCAUCCGGCGGCUGUAUGUGUGUACGAGUGAAAACGGGACUCAAAUGCAGCGUUUCACUCCCCCCCCCACCCCCCAACCAACACCACCACCACUUAAACUCUUAGACUCUUUAAUCCUGCUCUCUGUAAGGGUGGUGCCUUCACUGUCCAAUGUGGGACCUCCUGAGAGCAUUGGAACGAGAUGCUUUCACUGUCUGAUCAUCUGUGAAAAGCAAAAGAAGGCAAAAAGUCACACGUUCUAAUAACAGUGUUACAAAACCACUUCAGACGGUGUGAAGUACAGUAAGCGGCAUAUUUUUAACUCGGACUUAGUUUUUAGUCUUGUUUCUGCAAUUUUUAUUAUGUAACCCUUCAGAUAAGUAUGCGACUGCAGUGGUUUUUAAAUUGUAAUGCACACCUUAUGUUGAAAAUGUUUACAGAAGCAAUUGUUUUGUUAAACCAAUGUGCAUCGAUAUGAAUAUUUAUGGUUUAUUUUGAGGGCAGUUUUUCCCUGUUUUUUGUAUUUUGUAUUAUUCCCUUUUUGUACUAUCAUUUAGACGUUUGUGUACAGGAAUAAUCGACUUUUGCUCACGGUAUGAAAUACACAAGUCCAGAGUGUGAUUUCACUGAUUCCUCUACAUCCUGCAUAGUGCACAGUGUGCCCCUGGCUGUGUGGCAGCGUGGAUCAAAUGUUUUCUACCACCCAGGUGCCAGGUGACAUGUUCCCCCCUCAAACGUCUCUCUGCCAUGCCUCUCUAAUUUAUGUCCUCUCUGUGUGUACUAUGGGAAUUACUGUAUUUUCCUGAAGGUCUUUUUUUCCAUUGAAUAAAAUCAGAAGUAAUUUACA